AAAUGUUUUAUAUUGGGAAUGAAAAUGGACGAAACUGUGGACGAAGCGGAAUUUAAUGCCAAUAUCGGCCGUAUUGCUCGAUCUACGCUUUUGCACGAUGCUGAACAAUCGAUCCACAGGGAGUUGAUCGACUACGCUGUUGCGUCGUGCCGUCUGUUUUACAUCCAGGAUGCUUCAGCCUGGAAGGAGUGGAACACCAGGAACGAGGCUUUCAGGGAUCUCACUGCCAAGGAAGUGUGCCAUUUAUUCCUAACCGAAGUUCUGCCCCAACUGGACACCUAUCAGCUUUCGGAGAUGGCCCAAAAACGCCUUAAGCUUCUGGAUCUGCAUCCAUUCUUCAGGCGCGUUGCCCAAGGCUACCAGUACACUCCGGAUUGUGACCUUGCAGCUCGAUUUGUAGUCCAGCGCCAGAAACAUUUUAUCCAACCUGAAGAUAUCAAGAAGAUUAAGAAAGGCGAUUCCCUGAAAAGAUGCCAAACCGUGCUCAUGGAAAGCGAUGAAAUGGAGCAGAAAACCUGCGUUGGGUAUCGAAGCAAAGUCUCCAUGGAGUCCGCCGUUCUGUUCUCGGUACUGUUGUCCACCAACCAUGAGCUUUCUAUUGGAAAGAUGCUCGAUAUGAGUGAGAUUCACGAAAGAAUGCGGCGCGCCAAACAGUCAUUCGAGGAUACUGCUAGAGUUACUCCGUUCCGAACGAACAUUGAUGACCUAAUCUCCGAUUUGGAUGUCUGUGCUAAGGUCAAAUCCAAACUUUGUCGAGUAAUAAGUGAUUGUAAAAAGUACUAGAAAGGAUUAGCUAUAUCUUUUAUCUAUAUUUAAUACUUUUAUUUCAUUUUAAUCAAUAGUAUAAAAUUAUUUCUCUGGAUUUUAGGUGACUAUAAGAAGACUAUUUUUGUAAUAUUUUUGAACCAUUUAAGCUCAAAAUACAACUUACUAUUCAUAUUUUAAUAUAUAAUUCCAUGUUAUCAU